GCCUCUAGCGGCAGCGAAGUCACACCAAGCUUUUACGGCUGUACUACGACCUACUGGGCGCAGAACGAACGCUGCGGCGUGGAUGGCGAGAGUUGCCGCCCAUUCAGUCAAAACACGAGCGUUGCCUUUCGCUGUCCCAGCGGUUGCUCAGGAACGGUCUUGGGAGCGGCACGAGCUGUCGGAACUGAGCUUCCCAACUUCACCCCCUUGAUUGUGGGUGGAGGAGACCAGGAACGAGGCGUGUAUCGAGGCGACUCGUGGGUCUGCCCUGCGGCGGUGCAUGCCGGGAUCAUUGAUGAUCGAACUGGUGGAUGUGGACAGUUGUGGCUGUCAGGGAGCUACGCAGGCUUUGUAGGGAAAGACGCCAACGGAUUGAAGAGCGAGGACUUCAACUCGACGUUCCCAGUCUCCUACUUCUUCCAGCAGGGCUCGCGCACCUCAAAGUGCACAGACCGCCGCAAUGACGUCUACAUCCUCGACAGUGUCUUCUCUUCUCUCGUCGGCUUCGUCCUCCAACCGCGACCGAUCGUUUGGCUUUGGACGCUGAUCAGCAUGGGCUUCUGGCACAUCAAUUAUGCCAGCGAGCCUCGCGAUUACCCACCUGCACCUGGAGAUCCAAUGGGAGAUUUCCUGCCUACCUUGUUCGUGGGGUACGCCCUUUGGAGGCUGGUGUUCCGAUUCGUCUGGCCGGCAUUUGCGCGCUUGCCGAUUGAGCGCACGAUAUGGACGCUGGGCUUCUUCUGGCUGGGGGUUCUGCUCAAUGUGGUGUUCGCGGACCUGCCCCUGCAGAGGUUGGUGGCAAGCGAUAUCGCUCAGCAACCCGGCGCUCUCACAGCGCUGAUCAUCAUCAUCGUGGUGGUCAUCAUCAUUGCCGUCAAUCAGGUGCGGGUGAUUCGCAAGACGGGCUACCUACCCAAGUACCUCACACUUGCGGCGGUAGGUGGAGUGCUCAUCGGUUUACUGGUCGCUGUUCCCGAGACGGGGCUGAGAUUGCAUCACUACAUCAUUGCUUUGGUGCUGCUGCCAUUCACCGCUUUCGAGACUAGGCUCAGCCUGAUCUAUUCCGCCUUCCUUCUUGGCAUGUUCCUCAACGGUGUCGGCCGCUGGGGCUUCGACGGGAUUAUCCAGGACGAGUCCGUGAUUCAAGGCGACUCGGUCUCCAAUAGCGGCGGAAUCCCCACCUUCUUAAAUGCCUCGGCCAACUUCACGGGCCUACUCAGCCUCAAUGCCUCCUCCCCCGCUAAUGCAAGCCGCGUCUACUGGCAGCCCUUGCCGACCAACGAAAGUUACGACGGGUUCGAUCUCAUGGUGGACGAUGUCCUCCGUCUUUCUGCGACGGGGCAAAACUACUUCGAUCUUGCAGAAAUUGCGGGCUUCUUCGUGGGGGAUGCGUCUGCGAGCAAUGCGACCUUCUUCCCUGGUGGCAGCGCUGCCGCGAACGUCAACGCUACGGUGGCGGCCUUGCCUCACUACCUCCGCCUGGCGUACACCACGGAUGGAAGCCCGGGCGACUUUACGAGGGCGGCCGUCGCGUACCCGAAUGGGACUUUCGUGAUGCCUGAGGAAGGC